ACCCCGGUGCGGUGCGGGCAGGCCAUCCGCCUCACCCACCUGGGCACCGGCCGCAACCUCCACAGCCACCGCUUCGCCUCCCCGCUUUCCGGAAACCAGGAGGUGAGCGCGUUCGGGGAAGCCGGCGAAGGCGACUACCUGGACGACUGGACGGUGGUGUGCGGCGGGACGUACUGGGCGCGGGACGCCGAGGUGCGCUUCCAGCACGCCUCCACCGACGUCUUCCUCUCGGUGACGGGGGAGCAGUACGGGCGGCCCAUCCAGGGGCAGAAGGAGGUGCACGGCAUGGCUGCUUCCAGCCAGAAUAACUACUGGAAGGUGAUGGAGGGUAUCUUCAUGCAGCCCAGUGAGGUCUUCAGAGCGGAGCGGUACCACGCUGAGCUGUGAUGGACAGACGGAC